AUGAUAAAAACACGUAUAGAAGAAGUGCAAUUACAGUUUCUUACAGGAAACACAGAGCUUACCCACUUAAGAGUCUCAAAUGAUCAACUUAUAGUCACGACACAACGGACAGUUUACAGAAUAAAUUUACAGGACCCAGCUAUUGUCAGUCACUUUGACUGUCCAUUGAGCAAGGAAUUGGAAGCUAUAAUGAAUGUUCACGUUUCACCCCUUGGCAGUGCUGUUUUCAUUCGAACGAACUUCGGCCGGUAUAUGUUGCUAAAAGAUGGUGAGUUUACUCAAUUGAACAAGAUCAAAAAUUUUGAUCUCAGUUCUUUACAUUGGAUUGAUGAAACUACACUUUUUAUGGGAAUCAAGAAAGUGGCCAAACUGUACCGAGUUGAGUGGACGGGAAAGGAUAUAACUACGAAGCUGUGGUAUGAAAACAAGAAACUUUCUGGUGGAAUUGAUGGUAUUGCUUAUUGGGAAGGUUCCCUCCUAUUGACAAUAAAGGAUAAUAUUUUAUACUGGAAAGACAUAAAAAAUAUGAAACUUCCUUUAUUAUUACCAGAUGAAUCUGAGCAAUUCGAAAGGUUGAAACACCAUACGAUAAAGAGGUUUGACUCGUAUAAUGGGCUCUUUGCUUGGGUCACAUCAAGUGGCAUUGUUUUUGGGGACUUAAAAGAAAAUCAAAUGACAAAAGAUCCUCCUUCUUUUAAUAAUACUGGUAGAUUCUUAUCAUCUUCAAAGGUUCUGCUUAAUUUUGAGUUACCUGAUUACCAAAAUGAAAAAGAUUACCUUAUCAAAGACAUAAUCUUGACUGCUUUUCAUAUUCUAGUUUUGAGAAAAGACACGGUUACGAUAGUCAGUCAACUGAAUAACGAGGUGGUAUUCCAUGAAGCUAUACCUAGACAGCGAUUCGUCAACGCCAAUGCUGAUAAUAAUGAAAAAUUUUUAGGACUAGUUAGGGAUUCGGUGAAAGAAACGUUUUGGUGUUUCUCUAACAUGAAUGUUUUUGAAAUAAUCAUCGAGAAUGAAUCCAAUUCGGUAUGGAAUUUACUAGUCCAAGAUAACAAAUUUGACAAGGCACUUUCUUUAAAAGGCCUAACCUUGAGGGAAAUGGAAACGAUAAAGUUUCAAAAAGCUAUGUACCUCUUUCACACUGUCAAAGAAUUUCAUUCAGCUGCCCAAAUUUUUGGAGAUAUUAAAGAGUUAUCACAUUUUGGAGAAAUAGCACUGGAUUUUCUCAAAAUAAAAGAUUACAACGACCUGAACGUAAUAUUAAUAAAACAGCUAGAUGGCAUUCCCUGGAAAUCAACCCAAGUCGUAUUGUCAAGUUGGAUUGUCUGGAAUUUCAUUAAACAAUUAAAUGACAUUGAAUUAAAAUUAAACACAACUAAGCCAACAUCUGCUGAUGGAGACAAAUUACUAAAUUUGAACCUAAAGCUUAAGAACAAGUCGGAAGAACUAACUAAAUUUUUGGAAAGUCAUUUACAGUCACUUGAUAAUAAAACCGUUUAUCAAAUAAUGUCUAAACAAAACCGACCAAACGAAUUGCUUAAAUUUGCGAAGUUAAUUAACGAUAUGAAGUUUCUAUUAUCAUUUUGGAUCGACCAAGGCAACUGGUAUGAGUCCUUGAAAAUCCUCUCGACAAUAAAAGAUCAUGACUUAGUUUAUAAAUACUCUUUGAUUCUUUUAUUGAACUCACCAGAAGCUACUGUAUCAACAUGGAUGAAAAUCAAAGACCUAAAUCCGAACAAGUUAAUUCCGACUAUUUUAAAAUUUUUCACAAAUUGGCAGAAUAACACCAAACUAAUUAGCGACUCAUCAGAAACACCUGAAAAUUACUCACUAACAUACUUGAAAUGGUGCGUUGAGGAAGUUCAAAGGAUAUGUGAUCCAAUAAUAUAUAACUCGAUCCUUUACAUGAUGAUUGUCGAUCCAAGAAACGAUAUGAUACUUGAAAAUAAUAUUAUCAAGUUCAUGAGAUCAAACGAAAACAAAUUUGACGUGAAUUUUCAGUUACGUUUAUCAUUGAAAUUCAAAAAAACUAAAGCCUCCAUUUUCCUUUUAACACGUUUAAACCUGUUUGAAGAUGCCAUUGACUUAGCGUUGAAAAAUAAUUUGGUUGAUGAUUGUAAAAUCAUUGUUAAUGAUGAGAUUCUUAUAGAGGAUUAUAAGCUAAGAAAAAGAUUAUGGUUAAAAAUUGCAAGACACUUAUUAUUUUCAAUGAAGGACGUAGACACAAAACAUUUAAUCCGAACAAUCUUAAAUGAUUCCAAUGAAAUCUUAACAAUCAAGGACCUUUUGCCAUUUUUCAAUGAGUAUACUACGAUUGCUAAUUUAAAAGAAGAGUUGAUUAAGUUCUUAGAAAAUCACAACAUGAAAAUGAACGAGAUCUCAGAUGACAUAAUAAAUUCUAAGAAUUUGAAGCUCGAAAUAAACACAGAAAUUUCAAAAUUUGAUGAAAUCUACAGGAUAUUAGAGCCAGGUAAAUCUUGUGAUGAAUGUGGUAGAUUUUUACAGGUCAAAAAGUUCAUAGUUUUUCCCUGUGGACAUUGUUUCCACUGGAACUGUUUAAUCAGGGUAAUAUUAAGCUCAAAUGAUUACAAUUUGAGGCAGAAGACAGAAAAGUUCCUGAAGGCCAAGAACAAACAUAACUUGAAUGAUCUAGAAGCUAUUAUUGUGCAGAAAUGUGGAUUGUGCAGCGAUAUCAACAUCAACAAAAUCGAUCAGCCAAUUGUUAUUGAUGAAGCAGAGUUAAGUAAAUGGAAUGAAUAG